GUUGCAAUUGUGUUUUUAUUCUUUAGAGUGGAAGUUUUUAGCUCUUCAAACACCAAAGUCUGAUAGAAACAACAAAAUAAAUUAACUGUCCCUAAAACCGUAAGACCUGUUCUGUUUGACUUCCCAUGUGCGCUAGCUGUGCAUUUGAUUACAAACCAUUCCUAUGCACAGAGUGAUUAUUUAUGUUGUGGACAGUGGCAGAUCUGUUCAGUCAAAUUCCUCCCAAAGGGCUCAGUGCAGGCAGAGAAUAGGAGGAGCAUCAGCAGCAUUACAGACUGCAGCAAACACAUCUCAUGCAAAAGACAGAAGAGCAGGGAGGAGAAAAGAGAAGAGAAAGGAUUGAGAGAAGCCUGUGCUGCUUGAGGAAGAAAAUAUAUAAACUGACAAUCAAAUACAUCAGGAGUUACACAAGCAGCAUGUCUCGGUCACCAGGAAGAAAGCAGGAGAACCACAAAAUAAGCAGAGAACUUUUUGUACUCACAUAUGGGGCCUUGGUAGCCCAGCUGUGCAAGGAGUAUGAAAAAGAUGAAGAUGUCAAUGCCUGUUUAGAUAGAAUGGGAUACAGCAUCGGCAUAAGGCUCAUUGAUGACUUUUUGGCUCGUUCAGCUGUGAGAAAGUGCCGUAGUUACUCUGAAACGGCAGACAUGAUUGCACAGGUUGCUUUCAAGAUGUACCUUGGGGUCACCCCUAGUGUGAGCUGCAAUAGUGUCACAGGGAAUGAAUUCUCCUUAAUCCUGGACAAAAACCCACUGGUGGACUUUGUGGAGGAGCUGCCAGCGGAACGAGCAUCACUUUGCUAUUGUAACCUCCUCUGUGGGGUGAUUCGAGGUGCCUUGGAAAUGGUUCACUUAGCAGCGGAAGUUUCCUUCCUCCAGGACAGGCUGAAGGGGGAUGAUGUGACAGAAAUAGGAAUUACGUUUUUAAGGAAGCCUGAAGACAGAAGACACAGAAGGAACAAAUGAAAGAAAUAUUGGGAGAAACCCUUGCUGGGGGAUAUUUUGUGCCUUUUGUUUCAGAAGAAGACAGGGUAAGAGCGGUUUUGCUGAGUCGGCUGCACCGACUGAAAGGUGAAGGGUGCGGAGCAGCAAAGAGGAGGGGCAGGGGAGAGCAAUGUUAAUUGUUGUGGCACAGAUAUCAGUACAAAAGAUUGAAAUGAUCUGCCCUUCCUUCUCAUAUACCCAGGCUCUUGAGCUUAAUGGAAGUUUUAUUUCAGUAUUUAGUGUGUGCUAAAUGUUCAUCUGUAUACCAACUGUUUUCAGGUAAAGCUGAUGACCUUUUCCCAUUUUGUCAGUAAUAUUUCAAAGCAUGGCUGCUAGAUGUGCUUAAUUUCCCUGGCUGUGUGUAGUUAUCCAUAAGGGAUUCCUCUGCUGUGCUUGCUGUAUGCAGUGUCUCACUCACAGGUGCAUGUUUUGAUUGUAAUGCUUUGGCAUUCCUUGUCCUCCAUGCUGGACCUCCUGCUGUCUUUGAAACCAGGGAGGGAUGGGUCUUCAUUGCCCACCCCCUGGUGGUGUUCUUUCCAGCUCUUCAGGCCCCACAUGCAGUUUUGCUGGCACUCCUGCUCAGUCCUGUGCACACUCUAGGCUGCAGCACUCUGACAACUGCGGCAGUGCUCGUGUCUCACCAAGCUAUGGGCCUUUCCAUGUCAGCCUUCUCUCCAAGAGCACUGAUCUAGUGACCAAACUGAACAAAGCAUGAUGUAUUUAACUUGUAGCCUUUGUGGAUCUGUACCUGCCUGAGGAAACUUGAAUUAAAAUUCUGAGAUUGCCACACAACUGGUUUGGUGGUCAUGUUUUCUGCUCUUACCUGGCCUUCACCACCAGCUGUUGAACAUCUUCCUCUUGGCAGUGGACUUGUUACCACAACAUGACUGGGAAGUAGAGAAGGAGCAGCCUCAGAGAAACCCAAGUUAUAGGAAAGGUUUGAAGUUGUUUGGUGUAAUGCAAGAUGUCUGGAUAAGGGUUGGACAGAACCCCAGGUCCUUGCACAGCACCCUACCCACAAAGCCACCUUACCCUCUUUUCACCAAGGUGCUUGUUUUAAACUGGAAUACCAACAGCUAAGGUCAAUGUAGUUAACUCUUGUUUUAUCUCUGUGUUUUGUACCUUCUUCUCCUAUUUUUCCCUCAGUCUGUUAACAUCAUCAUGCUAAGUGGGGGCAUCUCUUACCUUGGUUUCAUUCUCACCAGACCUGUACAGUCUUCAUGAUAAUCUCUCUCCCUUUGUUUGUCUUAAUGUUGUGGUACAGUGGUGGCAUAGCAGAAUGGAGCUUUGGCAUAGCAGAAUGGAGCUUUGAGUGGGCAGUUUUGUAGGGAACAAAAACUAAAUUACUUGUUAACUAGCCUUGGUCUCAGCCCAACUGCUGUUACCUGCUACCAGUAAGAAAUGGCAACAUGUACAUGUAACAAGAUGUUAUAACCAGUAACAAGUUUCCCUGCCUUUUUUUUUUUAAUUAUUAUUACUGCUUUUUUAAAUUAGAUCUGAAAUGUGUUGUGGAAUUUGUCUGAUUUCACUGCCUGCACAAGAGCCUUCAGUGGGGUUUUUGUUGCUUGAGAUGUACAUGUA